UCUUCCCUGGUGAACUGGCUCUUGCUUGCUCAAAUGGUUGUUGGCGGAAACAGUGUCGCCUGAACAAAGCAUGUGAAAGCCAUGCUCAGAUUCCUGACCCACGCAGGAACAUUUCUGCUUGGAAUUGGUCACUGAAACGGUAGCAAGUCCUUCGAUACCUCGGCGUCUUGAGCCGAGUGGGAUGUAGGAGGUUAGGACAUUCGACUAGGAACGGAGAUGCCAGCCAUUAUGGAGCGAGUCUAACGACGCAUCGCGGCUCGAAUUUCCCCCGUGCAAAGCAGCCAUACUAUCUGUAUGGAGAAUAUAUUUUCCGCUCGAUCUGUCCUUUCGAGCCUCGCAUGUCACGGAAGUCUCGUUAAUUUAUAACAACCUGGUGUGGGAGAACGCCUUCAGAGAAUAAACAAUCGGAAGUGCUGCUGUAGCUGAGAAGUAGUCUAGUAGUCUAAGCGUAUUUCAUCGAUUCCUUCAGCAGCGGAGGCAGCGGCAUUAUGGCGAGGGUAGACCCCCUUCCGCCAGAGGAGGACGUCAGACCGCGGCGAAUGCCCAGUCCGCUCCUCCGUCGCAAAAAGGCCGGCUCCUCUCCUCAACGGAAAUCAUCAUCGCCAUCACCGUUACCGUUACCGUCAUCGUCAACCCCCUCUGAUGGAACCAAACCAUUUCUCCGCCGCUCCCAUUCGUUUUCUCAGUCCGAAGCCCCCCCGAGAACCGUACCCGUUUCUGACGCUCCCCCCCAAAUGCUAGGAUCUCCAGGGAGGCGGUCAGUGGAAAGUAUUUUUAUGCUGUCUGCCGGCCGGCUCCGGUCGUCCAGAAACCGUCAGGAAAAGUCAAAUCCUCAUCCGAUUCUGUCGGCUAGCCGGUCAGCGUCGACUGCGUUCACAGCUGCGACAGCUUCUACCAGCUCUAUAACUGGCGCCGUUGACUUUUCUGCCUAUCGGCCAGUAACUCGGACGGCUGACCGGCAGCAUGAGAGCAUCUCUGUAACCGCGAGCACGCCAGAAAUAGGAGGCUCGCAUUUUCGCCUAGGGAAUCCGUUUCGCCGGCGAAACAAGGAGAAUAUCGCCUUGCCCAGCGGCGACGCAAAUUCACAUGCGUGCGACGACGAUGUUACCACCACAAUUCCAGUUCCCAUUCCGUCCGCUGCUGGUAACCCUACCAGUCGCAGAGGUUCCAGCCCCCAUCGCAGUAGGUCGCGAAUGUCGUCUCCGUAUGACCCGAGGAAAGGGGACAGUGUUGCAGAGGAGCAGCCAAUAGAGAGGCGAGGGUCGCCAGAAGCGGCGGCGAUUGCGGAAGAUCGAGGAGCAUCCUCGAGAUGCUCAAUCGACGGCGGAGAUGGGGGUAAACAAAUCAACGGCGUGAAUCAGGUUGCAUCGCGUUCUAGCAGCGGAAAGUCGGAGGCCCGCGCGGAAAGCCUUCCCCGUAGCGGAAGCGGAAGCUUGCGCGGGGAGACGGGGCUUGUGCGGAGCGGAAGCCGGGGGGAGGAUUUGGCGGCGCAAGGAAAUUCGCUGGCGCUGGUCCCCGCAGGCGGAGGGUGGGGGGAGAUGCUGAGCCAGGCGCGGGGCGGAGCGGGGGGCCUGAUGAUGCCGGCCGCAGUGGCGCAAGAGAGCUCGGACGUCGUGAUGGGGAUACUGUGGAAGUGGGUCAACCUGGGGCGCGGAUGGGGCAUGCGGCUAUUCGUCCUGGAAGGAGGCAUUCUUUCCUUCUUCAAAUUGGACGGUCCAGAUAAGGCCAUCGUGCUGCACGAGCUGCAGCGGCGGCCGGGCGCGCGGCUGAUCGGCGACGAGAUCCGUCGCUACGUGCGAAUCGAGCGAGAGAAUGGCGUGCUGGCGACGUCGCUCGGCGUGCUGGGCGACAGAACGCCGCACGGGCAGAUCGAGCUCCACGUGUCCACCAUCCGCGCAAGCACGACGGACAACCGAAAGUUUUACGUGUUCGGGCACCGGACGCUGGGGCUAAGAACAGAGUCUAAAGCGGGGCGUGCGCUCUGGAUGGAAGCCAUAGAAAACGCGCGCGUGAGACUAAUCAAGAGCCUGCACGCGGCGCCGAAUAAGGUCGACGUGUCGGCACACGUGUGCUUCGACGCGGUUAGGGCUUACAUGCAGCGGAACGGGGUGGAAGAGGAGAUUAUAAGCGGCGUGGAGGAGAUGGUUAGGCGGAAAAUGGUGGUCCGGCUGGAGACUAAGUUAAGGGAGGAGCAGAGGAAGCGGCUGCAGCUGCUGACGCUGCUGCGGCAGCUUGAGGCGGAGAAGGUGGAGCUGGAAACGGCGGUGGUUGACGAAAAGAGGCAGCAGGGGCAACCCAGCAACAGCACCAUUCUCUUGGGCGAUGAGGACGAGGAUGUGGACAGUACCUUUGACGAGGACGACGACAACGAGGGGGACGACUCAGCGCCGCCAGGGACCGGAGGAGGGGGCGGGACGAUGAAGGAGCCUCGGUUCACGUCGACGGUGCGGGAUACGGAUGAGGACGAGGGGGACACGGACAGCGACUGCAACGACGAGUUCUAUGAGGCGAUGGACGAGUUCGCGGGGCAGGGCAUGGUCAAACGCGUGCUGGAUAUUGAGGAGGUGGGUUUCUCCUACCCCCACAUUCCGCGCAGGCAGCGUCUGCCGGACCCCAUGGAGGAAGAAAAACCGUUAAGCCUGUGGUCGGUGCUCAAGGAGUGCAUGGGGAAGGACAUGUUCAAGGUGUCGCUGCCAGUCAACUUCAACGAGCCGCUCAGCUCCAGCCAGAAGUACCUCGAGAUGCUCGAGUACUCGUGGCUGCUGGACCGGGCAGCAGAGUACGGAAGACGGGGCAACCGGCUGAUGAGAGCAGCACACGUGGCGGCAUUUGCAGUGUCGCGGUAUUCGGGCAACGACGGGCGCAUGCACAAGCCAUUCAAUCCGCUGCUGGGGGAGACAACUGAAGGGGACUAUCCCGACAAGGGCAUUCGUUACAUCUCAGAAUCUGUGGUGCACUAUCCGCCAAUGAUAGCCUGGCACGUGGAUGGCACAGGCUGGAAGUUCUGGGGGGACGUGUGCCCCAAGAUUCGAUUCUGGGGGCCGUCCAUCCAGCUGGACCCCGUGGGCGUGCUGACAGUGCAGUUCGACGACGGGGAGACGUACGAGUGGAGCAACGUGACGGUGCUGAUUCAGAACCUCAUUCUGGGGAAGCCGUUUGUGGAGCACUAUGGCACAAUGCGCAUCAAGGGUAACCGGGGGUACUCGGCUCGGCUGCGGUUCAAAGAGCGGUCCACUUUCGAUAGAAACCCGCACCAGGUCCGUGGAUUGGUGCAGAACGAGGCAGGGGAUGAGCAGGGGACCCUGAUGGGGCGGUGGGACCAGCACAUGCACUACGUGCCAGGGGACCUGACGAGCAAGUCGGCCAAGGAGGAGAGCGAGGUGCUGGCGACUGCCCAGCUGAUCUGGAAGAAGAACCCAAUCCCACCCAACAUGAAGUACAAGUUCACGCCCUUUACAAUCACGCUCAACGAGCUCACUCCGCAGCUGAAGGCCUGUCUGCCCCCUACAGACUCCCGCCUUAGGGAGGACCAGAGGGCACUGGAGGAGGGGCGAUACGACUUUGCCAACCAGGAGAAAUGCCGACUGGAGCAGCGGCAGCGCAAGGCGCUGAAGGAUGGCGAGCCAGGGUGGGGCCCACGGUGGUUCAAGCCCGCAGGGCCAAACAACACGUGGAUGUACACUGGGGGCUACUGGGAAAAGCGGGAGAAGAGGGAGUGGUCCGAUGUGCUGGACCUCUUUGCACCAGAGGAGACUGAUGGGAAUUGCUAACAAGCUGUUGAAUCACACAUUCGUUUGUCACAUCCUGGAGAACGUUCAGGCGUCAAUAGAAGCGAUAGUGCGCGGUGCCAGGUUAUUUCAACUAUAGGUUCUUUGAAGGACAAUACACUUGGGAGUGUGUGGGCAUGCUGCGUCUGACUGUAGCCGUGCCCGGAAUUAUGGGAAGAACAUAUUAGGCACGAUGUGUGCCUAGUGUAGGUUAGAUGUUGACCCAUCAUCCAUAAGUUGCAAUAAUUGCACAACAUAUAU